AUGACAUGUGCGUUACUUCAACGGAUUAUCGUGGAAAAACAAACUCAAGAUAAGUAUCCUAGAAUGUACUUCAGAAAGAACGAAUGUGAAAUGUUGGAGGAAGAGAAGAUCGAGACUGUGUGGGUCAGUGCUGCUUUGGCACUUUCAGACAUUUUAUUCAUCCCAUAUGACUUGACUACCACUCCCUCUCUCUCUCUCUCUCUCUAG